ACUUCUCUUUUUUCGUUUUCACAUUAUUUAAAUUACUUAACCAACCAACUAAUUUUUUAAAAUGGCUAUUCACAGGAAAAAACCCUUCAGCGUCAAGCAAAAAAAGACCCAAAUUCAAGCCAAGCGCGCCAAAAAACGCGACCAAGCCGACGACGAUAAUGAUUGGGACUCAGCCGCCUACAAGAAGGACCAGCUGGACAUAGACAAGCAAAUAGCCGCGCUGAGCCUAGGCUCCUCCCCCGCCAACACGAGCACCGCAGCCACCGACGAGAAGCGCAACCGGCUGACUUCGCAAUUCGACAAGCUCACCAGAACAGAGAUCGAAAACAACAAGAGACGCAGUAUGCUGCCGCUCAAGCGCCUGAGCGGGGAAGACGGGUUGACCAUGUCCUUUGAGGACGCUUACUCGGCGGACGUGGAUAUUCCGGUGCGUCCCGAGUGGCGCUACGGCGAAACCAGGGCUACGCUUGAGAGAAGAGAAAUCGAGUAUUAUACGCAUUGGCUGGAGAAAAUUCAGCAGAUGAAGGAGGCCGAUGAGGUCAGCUUGUAUGAGAAGAAUCUGGAGGUUUGGAGGCAGCUCUGGCGUGUGGUCGAGAUCAGUGAUAUCCUGCUGAUGGUCGUGGACGUCAGACACCCUGUUUUACACUUUCCACCGUCACUCUACCGCUACAUUACAAAGACCACGGGCAAGCCCCUCGUUGUGGUUCUCAACAAGACCGAUCUGGUCGCUGACAACACCGUACGUGCGUGGAAAAAGUACUUCAAGGAGCAGUUCCCGUCCAUUAUUUUGACCAGCUUUUGCUGCUAUCGCGAGAAGGUCAUGGUCAACGACACGGAGUUUGCCGACUUGAAGCUCAGUAAGAAGAAGCCCGGGAAGCGUGUGUAUGACUCGUCACAGGUCGGCGAGCUGUUUGAUGCCUGUCGCAGCGUGUGUGAUGCGCAGAAGCAGUCGAUGGUUGACUGGGACGCUCUUAUUGCGCGCUACACGAGCAAAAACAAAUCCGAUCAGGACGAAGUGGAAGUGGACGAGGACAGCGAUGCUGACGACGAUAGCAACGACAACGACAACGACAACGAUAAUGAUAAUGCCAAUGGCAGUGCUGCUGGCCAGUCCGCCACAGGCAGCGGUGAGCAAGGGGAUGCUGAUGACCAAAGUGAAGAGCAGAUGGCGGAGGGCCACGUUGAGGCCGUCAGCGGCAGGUACGUCACCCUGGGGCUUGUCGGCCACCCCAACGUUGGCAAAAGCACGGUUAUCAACAGCAUCAUGGGCCGCACUGUGGUCAGCACGAGUCGGACGCCCGGUCAUACCAAGCACUUCCAGACCAUCCACGUUACCCCGACACUGCGCCUGUGCGAUUGCCCCGGCCUGGUCUUCCCCUGUGUCGUCGAGCGUCCUAUGCAGGUGCUUGCUGGACUAUACAACAUUGCUCAGAUCCAGGAGCCAUACACAUCGGUGCAGUAUUUGGCCGAGCGCGUGCCGGUCGAGCAGCUGCUCAAUCUGCUGCCAGAAAACACGUCAGGGAUGGUUAAGGGCCAGUGGUCGGCUUGGGGAAUUUGUGAGGCCUUUGCUGUUGAUCGCGGCUUCUACACGUCGAAGGCUGCGCGUCCGGAUGUAUAUCGUGCAGCACUGCAUAUUCUCAGGUGGGAAUUGGACGGCCGGAUUCUGAUGUCGUUCAAGCCACCGGGCUUCUUCCACAAUUUAUCCAACGAAAACAGUCGCCUUGCAGCAGAAGACGCGCAUUCCACAGGAAAAACCACUCGUGAGACCUGGACCAAGCCCAAAGACACGCACAAUGACGCAUCGUCGUCGUCUGAGGAGGAGGACGAUGAUUACAAUAGCGGACCCAUUGCCCAGCAAUCCGCAUUCGCUGUUCUUGCCGAGGAGGAUUGCUAAUAUUUGAAUUUUGUUUUGCUCCUUUCAAUAUAAUUGUUGUCCUAGUGCUCAAUUUGUGGAUGCUAUCUAUGAAAAUAGAUA